AAGCUUAUCAGCAAACUUUCAUCAGAGUAACCAGUCGAGUUUUAAUUAGCGCAAUUCUGCGAUUCUGCAUUUCUGCGCACUUUCUUUAAGCUAUACGUCUUACUGCUUGUAUGAUCAAGGUGAAAAUGAGGGCAGAGUGGUUUAUUCUGCUUAGGUGGGUAGUGAACUGGAAUGAUGGGAUGUGAAAUGCAAUCAAAAAGGGACAUAAUUAUAUCUCAGUGUACAGCCACACAGGGAGGAGGCUUUUCCAACACACACACACACACACACACACACAUAUAAAUGCGCGCAGAGCAUCAUCCACCCACAAACACAAAGAACAGUCAGUCCUCAGUCUCACGCUGUCUCUACAUGCUGCUGCUGAAUGUUCUGCCUGCUGGACAAAUGCAGCUCUAAACAUGGUCUUAAUCAGGAUUCAAGAUAAGCAAGUUUACAAUGAGACAGCAGGUGUGGGAGAGAUCUGACGAGGUGUGUGUGUGUGGGCCCGUAGCGUGACAUUAAGUGGGAGAUGAGGACCAUUCUUCCCGUGUGUGGAGGCGGUGAUGGAGGGGAGUCCCGGGGCCUCCGCUCCAGGGUGGGCAAGAUGAAGAAGCUGCUGUGGCUGAGGCAGAGUCACUGCGUGGACGUCCACACGGACACGGAGCCUGGCGUGUGGCUGAGAAGCUUCCAGUUGUUGGACACUGACGGACAGCGUGAGGACCCGGUGCAGGAGUGGGGGGAGGAGGAGGAAGACGGGGCUGUAUUUGGCAUCACACUGCGCAGGGAGCCCGUCUUGCCGGGUUCGGACACGGCAGAGCCCCCUACAGCCUUCAGCUUCAUCCAGUACCACACGGUGAAGGUGCGCAGGCUGAAGGCCGCCACCCUGGAGCGUCUGGUCACCCACCUGCUGGAUCGAGAGCACCAGGAGCCUGACUACGUCCCUGUGUUCCUUUCUACAUACAGGGCCUUCACCUCCACCAGCACCCUCAUCGAGCUGCUGUUUCAGAGAGAUGACUCAAUCGCCAACCUGGAUAACACUGUUUGCCCACGCAGUACCUUACCCCCAGUCAUCCGGCUGUGGUUGGAGGAGUACAGUGAAGAUUUCCAUGACUCCCCUCAGUACCAGGCCCUCCGGCUGUUGUGUGUCCACUUGCGGCAUCGCCUCUGCUUCAGACGUUUGGCUCAGACCGCAGAGAAUCUGCUCAAAAGGCUCCAGGAACAAGAUUGCAGCCGGUCUACAUCAGAGCAUGACAGUGAAUCAUUGCAGCAGGACUUCAGAGAUCAGGAGGAAGGAGGAGAGAUGUCCUCUAAGGAGGAACACAAACACAACUUAAUGGAUUUCCCAGCGAGAGAAGUGGCGGAGCAGCUGACCAGAUUGGACGCCGAACUGUUUGUCAGAGUGGUGCCCUUCCAUUGCCUGGGCUGCGUCUGGUCGCAGCGUGACAAGAAGGGAAACCAAAACCUUGCGCCCACAGUUCGCGCCACCAUCUCCCAGUUCAACGCUGUCACCAACCGUGUCAUCACUUCACUCCUCUGCCCGUCCUCUCCCAGCCCUUCCACUUCCUCUCCCAUCUCAUCACCCAGCUCCUCCUUUACCUUCCUGUACCCCCCCACUGCCCCGGGCUCACCUCGCUCCUCACACACAAGCCCCGCCCACAGAGAACGCAUCAUCGAGAGGUGGAUCGCUAUUGCACAGGAGUGCAAACAGCUGAAGAAUUUCUCCUCCUUGUGGGCCAUCCUCUCAGCCCUGCAGUCCAAUGCCAUAUAUCGCCUCAAGAAGACCUGGGCUGCUGUCAGCAGGGAAAGCAUGGCCACCUUUGACCACCUGUGUGAGACUUUUCCUGAUGAGAACUGUGUGCUAACCAGCAGAGAGAUCCUUGUGGAGGAUGGGAGUCAGACAGACGGCAUCACCACCCCGGGCUCUAAGUCACUUCAUCUGUGCUCUGUAUCCAAACAGAUGAGCCUCCACAGUGGUGUCGUACCUUACCUGGGCACUUACCUGACUGUCCUCACCAUGCUGGAUACAGCUCUCACUGACACUGUGGAAGGUGGACUCAUCAACUUUGAAAAGCGCAGACGGGAGUUUGAGGUUCUGUCUCAGAUUCGGCAGCUUCAGGCUUCCUGUUCGCACUACAAUCUCUCAGUCAACCCUCAAAUCACUGCCUGGCUGCAGGCACACACACUUCUCACAGACCAGGAGAGCUAUGAGCUGUCUCGUGACCUGGAGCCUCCAGUUGACCCAUGUCCCAGCUCUCCCAACAUAUGGAGCAGUCGUCUGCUCACCAAGAAGCUCGCCUCGUUGCGAACAGCCAGCGACAGCUCCCUCAGGAAGACCCAUGCAGACCAGAUCAGUGUGUCGUCUUCUGGCUCCAGCAGUUCAGACAUGGAGGAUCUCACCGUCCCUCAGCCCUCUCCGCUCAGACUCAAAUUCAAGUCUCUCUCGGGUUCUCUCCACAAUGUAGCAGAGGACUUCUCCUCCAGUGCCAUGUCCUCCUCUUCUUCUGCGAGUCUUUCCAGCUCCUCCUGCAGCUCCUCUCAUCCAGACCUCAGCUCCUCCUCUCUGGCACUGAGCCCAGAGACAUCAUCCUCCAGCUGCUCCCCUCAGGCCGCACUUCCUGUCUACAACAAACAGGUCGCUGACUCAUGUAUCAUCAGGGUCAGCGUGGAGAGUGACAGCAACGGAAAUGUCUACAAAAGCAUAUUGCUGACCAGUCAGGAUCAUACGCCUCAGGUGAUUCAGAGGGCUCUUGAGAAACACAACAUAGAGGAUGUCAGCUGCCAUAACUUCAACCUCUACCAGAUGCUCAACAAUGGAAAAGAGCUACACAUCCCCGACAAAGCCAACGUAUUUUACGCCAUGUGCACCACAGCCAACUACAACUUCGUCCUGCGCCAGCGCUGGAAGAGCCACAGCCGACAUCUCGGCACCUCCUCCAGCCCUGGAGCUCAACCCAAGAACCGCCAUGCCAAGUGAGAAACAUCUGUCCCUGGCUGAAUGUUAGGAGUACACCUAGAAGACAGAUAAGCCGCUCAUCUGCAACAACAACAACCAGCACAUCUGUGGCUGUUUGUAUCUACUCAUCAACAUGAGAUUGGCACUGUACAGCAGAUAUGAGCGGCUCUGCCACAGAGACUCCCAAGAAACCGGAGAGCGUCGACUGAAACAUAACCUUGAGGCGUUCCUGUCAAGAAGUGGUCUUCACCGUCCAGGAGCAACAGUGCAAUGUGUCACCCCAAGAAUUAUUCUGGACUGUGUGAAGAGUGAUAGAAGAAGAGAGAAAUGUCCUGGUACACAAAAGAGAGACAUGAAGACUUUUAAGAAAUAUAGAAUUUUGUUAUUCUCACACUGUUUCUAUCAUGCUAAUCAUCCACAUCUUUGGAUAAAUGAAUCACAUUUUACCCAGGACCUUUUUUCCUUAGAUGUACACUUGUAUUACUGAGCACAAAUGCACAUUACAUGGUGGAUUUUGGAACUUUCACUGCUGCUAAAUAGAAACAUCAGGAACAGCAGGACUUGGAAAACUGUCAUGUUUUAUAACUCUACAGUGGAACCUGAUAAAUCUGCAGAAUCAGGCCCACAGACUCGACUGCAGCUUCUUGUCUGGGACUCACAUGAGAUGUGAGGCUGAAUGAGAAAAAGGAGCAGUUGACUUUCUCAACCACACAGAACAAAGUGAAGAAAAAUGAGUCAGAAUGACUAAAAAUGGGAUGUCCACUGUUAGUUGAUGCGUAAGCACUCCUAAACACAUCUGGUUCAAAUGUGAAAUCUGUCUGAUCUCAGUCGUGCCAAGUGCACUGCAGAACAAGAGUCAAAUAGUGUUUCACUGUUUGGACCCAGACCUCAGUGAGAUUUUAUUUGAGAGUCGGUAAUAAGUAUUUAGUUGUCUUCUAGUUGAGGAUUUAAUUGUUUUAAAGUAACUUAAUGUAAUUUUAUCAACUUAAAUUAUUUAAUGCAUUUCAGUAUUCAGCUUUUAGAGCAAGUGUAUCACAAAAAUGUGUUUGUUUCUGUUUUGUUGGUUUUUAUGUUUUGGUUCAUUUGAUCAUGACCCUCCCUUCAGUCUGAAAUGCGACAUGUUUUUGUCAGACAUAAACAUCCUUGACUUGUUGACGUAAAUCUGAACUGAAGUUUGUUUUAUUUUAAAUGAAGAAAUCUUUCGAGUCUGCUGCUGUCAAAUGAAGGAGAUAUUGUGCGUGUGCAUAAUGUUUAAAUAUGUUUAUAUUCAGUGGUCUUGCCAGGGUUUAAAGUAGAGCUGAAAUGCUGAUAUGUUGUAUGUUAAAGGCUGUGAUUCAGGCAAGGUUUCUGUCAUCCAGGGCAGUUUAACUAAGAAUGAAGGUAAAACCAGUCUUCUACCAUGAGUAGAGGAUGGUUCUCUCUGCCUGUGAUGCUGUGAGCAAGAUAAGUGUGAUGAAUGGUUCUUGUAUGUGAAAAUGAAGUGUCCCAGUAUGUGAAUUAAAUGUGACAUAUUAGAACAUUUCAGUGAUGUGAAAUCCUCCCCAAAACUAGCAGGCAGCUUUUGUGCAACUACCGAUAGUAUUGGUGAGAGGGUAUACUCAAACAGAUACACACAGUGGUUUACAUCCCUGUUAAAAACAAACACACACACACUGGUGAAGAUCCUGCUGAGUUUUGUACAGGAUUUUGCAUCACAAGUCCAACAUUAAUGCUACUGUGGUAACAAAGGUCUGGCAGUCAAAAUAUAUGAAUGAGAAGUCUACAGCGUGACUUGCUGUGUCUGUCAACUUUAUUAUUAGUAGGCUUUUUGUUCAUUCUCUCCUUUAUUGUGUUUUAAAAUGUAAGUGAAGUUGUCUACAUUACUGUAUGCACGUUGUAAUUUAAGCCUAUAUGUGUUCUAAUACUUUAUUUCAACAGACUCUUUAUUUUUAAAGUUAAGUCUAAGCACUUGCUGUUUUGUAACUAGUAUGAAAUGUCAACUAAUAAAGCCAAUUUACUAUUUA